AUGUCCAAGCUUAGUCGUAUGGAAAGUGCACGCCCUGAACCGCCGGGAGGCAGCGCUGAAGGUACCAACCGCUACCUUCUCUACCUGUUGACGAUGACCAGCGCCAUUUUACUCGUCUCUCCUUUUCCAUCUUCACCAUCUUCAUCGCCUUCUUCAUCUAAGUCCUUCUCCUCUCUGAUGAGCACCCUCUCCGUCUCAACAACAUCUAUUUCUCCGAUCUCCGCUAACAAGAGAGAGGAGGCUGUGGUUAACGAGACGGAAGCCGGGUGUAUAGUGACUCCUGAGAGGCCGAGAGUCAAGAGGGUGGUAGAGGAGCAUGCACCAAUAACAGACGACCUUGAAGCCAAGCAGUUCCAUGACAAGGUGGCAGACUUGCUCGUCGCGGUGAGUGCCUCAUUACAGCAGUGCGCCCUCGCCAUCACUGCAGACGAGGCUUCACUCCCUUCCGUCGAUCUGUUCCUCAAGAGAAGCCAGGUGAGAGGUCAGGUUGGAUCUUUGUCUCCAGUAACGCUCUUUACCCUCUCUGUCGACAACGGAAAUGGGGCACCGUACUCUAUGAUAGGCCGAGAGACAUGCACUCACUAUAUCUUUUUAGUGAAGAAUGCCAAGGCUCUCCUCCGACUUCUCGAGAGUAUAUUCGAGGAGGAUCUCAACCUCUUGGCCAAGUUCGUCCUUGUUAGUGAGCUGAAGAAGAAUGAAGUACAUGGUUUUCUGAAGUCCUCUCCCAUUAGCAAAAUGGUGAAUGUCCUUCUCGCAACACCAUCUUCCGGAGCAGGCGAGGUGAUGCUGCAUCUUUACACGCACGAUUUCUUCCUCAAUAACCAGAGGAUCUCGUCGAAGUUCCUGGGCGCUUGGAGUAAAGUAGGUUCUUCGAGUAAAAGGAGAGAUUUCGAGUGGUUUCCGGGAAAGCUGAACGAUUUUUAUGGAUUCAAGUUCCGCGCAACAACCUUCAACCACCCGCCAGUGUCCAUUUUUGAACCCUUGCCCGACGGGACCUACAAAUACGAUGGUCUUGAGGUCCGACUGCUGAUGACCCUCGCCUCCGCCCUGAACUUCACGGUGGAGAUCUCAAUGCCACGCGACGGGGAGAAGUGGGGUGCCAGGCUGCCCAGUGGCUCUUGGACAGGGGCGGUUGGGGAGACGGUUCGUGGAGAAACAGACGUGUCUUUCGCUAACUACUUCAUCACAGCCGACCGCCUCAAGAUAAUGGACAUGACGCGCCCUUACUACAUCGAUUACACUUGCUUCAUCACGCCCAUGCCUCAGCCUUUGCCACAGUACACGGCUGUGGCUUGGCCGUUACAGACGUUGGUUUGGGCGGCCGUGGCAGUGACCUUGGCCGUGGUACCACUUGUAGUACGACUAACAGCCGUCAUGGAACCUCGAGCCUGGUUCUCAACCUUGUACAAUGCCUACUGGUAUGUGGUGGGCAUAUUUCUGACUCGCUCACAGCCCGUACAGCUGGUCCCCUCCACCUGGGGUCUCAGGUUGGUGGUUCUUACCAGCUGGGUUGCUGCCACCAUCAUCUCAGCUGGAUACAAGUCCUCAGUCAUCGCGUUCUUGCUCGUGCCGCUGCCCGCCCAGCCGGUCAACACGCUCGAACAGCUGCUGAAGUCUGGUCUACGCUGGGGCGUCCGCGACCGAGGAGGAUGGGAUGAGUGGUUCAGCAAUUCCCUGGAUCCGACUUCGCGCAAGAUCGCUGAAGGAUUUGAGUUUGUGAACGGCAUCGACAGCGGAAUAGAUCGGGUUAUUGAGGGCGACUUUGCCUUCAUGAACUCCGGGACUUUCCUGCGCUACCUCAUCGCAAGCAACUUCACCAACGCUUACGGCCAGACUAAGCUCCACAUCGCCAAAGAAUGCUUCGUUCCCUUCAGAUCUAUUGAAAACACCUUGCGCACACAGAUAGGACUGGGGAUGCCACGGUUCUCGGUGUACACGGAGCGGUUCAACAAGGUGGUUGGCCAAGUAGUGGAGGCGGGGAUGGUCUCGCGCUGGUUCCAGGACCUCUUGGCAAAGGUUUAG